ACAGUAGGGGGCACAGGUGGUGCAUCAGGCAGCCAUCUCAGUCAUCUCAGUCAGUCGAACCGUGGCACCUGGGUCUGCCCCAUGACCUCCUGCCAGCGGGCGUUCGACACUUCACGUGGCCUCAAGAUGGCCAAGGCUGAAGAGAAGGUGGGCUCCAGGAGCAGCAUGCAAUGGAGUGCGCUGCCCACAUCGGACAGCAUUGCCAUCGCCAGUAGUAAAACCCCACGAGAAAUCUUGAAGCUCUUUGGGGAUUUCCUGACCCCCACCGAGAGAAGCGAGUUCCUCAACGUGAAUAACAUCUGGUAUUUCGGAGUCCAUAACAAAGGCUUUGGCACUCAAAACCAUGGCUACGAUGAUGUCUUCAACCAUUAUGUCUCGGUCGAGCAUGAGCAUCUCCAUUUCCGAUAUGAGGUGCUGAAGAAGGUGGUCGGACCUUACAGCCAGAUCUUCAAAUGCCAUGACCACAAGACCAACACCCGAGUGGCUGUGAAGAUGUGGAGACAGUCAUUCAGUGCCGAGGAAGACCACAGCCAGUGGAUGGAGUACCACAUCUUGCUCCAACUUCAGGGCUGGGCCAAUGAUGAUGUCAACGUUGACAGAAUCCUCGACUUUUUCACCUUCAGGGGUCACAACUGCCUCGUCAUGCAGCUCAUACCGAAAAGACGUCUGUUAAGUGCCAUUGAUUGCACGGCACCCCAGCACAUUGAGAUGACAAUGGUGAAACUCUUCACCAAGUCCAUCCUCAAAUUCCUCAUUCAUCUCCAUGCCAAGGGAAUCGUGCAUGGGGAUAUCCAGCCGAGGAACAUGUCGAUUAAAGAGCCUGGGGCAAGGACCAUCCGGAUGAUGAGUUUUGAAAACAGCUUUUUGGUGGGACGCCAACGUUCACAGAUUUUUGGUUCCCCUGCGUACCUUGCCCCAGAGGCAUACCUGGGCCACAUGUCAUCUUUCCCGGUUGACAUGUGGGGGCUGGGGUGUACAGUGGCCGAGUUGGCUACCGGGCGCAUCCUCUUUCCGGCCAUCAACAAACACGACCAGCUCCCGUGUUAUAUGGAGAUCCUCGGGAUGCCGCCUCAGAAUUUGAUUGAUGACGCGCCUGAGAGAAACAAGUACUUUGAUGGUUCGGGGAUGCCUUUGAUGUCCGGACAAAGCAGGGUCCCAGGCAGUCACUCCCUAUACCUGGCACUCGGGAGCCAGGACUCGGAGUUCCACGACUUCAUUAGCCGCUGCCUGGAAUGGGAUCCAGCUCUGCGGAUGACACCAGCAGAGGCACUGGCGCAUAGCUGGCUGAGGGAUGAGGAAAUGCCGAGGGAUGAGGAAAUGCCGAGGGAUGAGGAAAUGCCGAGGGAUGAGGAAAUGCCGAGGGAUGAGGAAAUGCCGAGGGAUGAGGAAAUGCCGAGGGAUGAGGAAGUGCCGAGUCAGUGUGUGCCUCUUGUGGACACAUCAAUCCACGCAGAGGCAUCCGCCAAGGAGGAGACGAGACAGUGGGGUGAGCCCCUGCAGAAAGAGAAGAAGCAGUCACGUCUGGUUAGUGCGUACAGGGCCGUAUGCUCAUUCUUCCGUGGCUUUAAGAAAUGCACCGCAUGCGACCGUAAUGCUCAUCCUGGGCGUGUACACAUUCCACACACCGUAUACACACGCUCGCCUAAGCGAAUGCAUGGGCAACUUCCGGUGCUAGCGUCAAUAUCAGAUCCCAUCUACUGAGUUUUUUAACCCCACAUAAAUACAGUAAAACCGCUCUUAACGACGGUAAUUGGUUCCAUGAAUAUGGUUAGUAAGUAAUUUGGUAAUUAAGCAAGUACAGUCGACCCUUACACAUCGCGGGGAUUAGGGGUGCAGGCCCCUCGCGAUCUGGAAAAACCGCAUAAAAUGUUUGGUCCCCUUGGCGAGCGAAGCGAGCACCUCCAGUUACUAAACUUUUUAAGUUAUCUCUACAUGUUCAGUCUUUGCGUGUCGUCUGAUGGCUUUUGCGUUCUUUUAGAAAACUUUAACUUUUUACAAAAUGUAACGUAAAAAAAUGUAUUGUGUAUAUUUAUGGUAUUAAAAGAUACAAUAGAUUAAUGUUAUACAGUACUGUACAUAUAUUUUAUGCAUUUAUGAGUUACUAAACUUUUUGUGUCGUCUGCUGACCUUCGCAUGUCAUCUGUGGCUUUCGCAAAACUCCCAAAAACUCCCCAAAAAUUUCCAUUUAAUUUCUUAUGCCGACCCCGCGAUAUAUUGAAACCGCGAUGGGGAAUGUCGUGAUGCAGAAGGGUUGACUGUAAUUUAGUCAUUAAGCAAGCAUAGGAAAGACAUGUUAAAGGCUUAAUUUGUUUCCAUAGCAUCAAAAGUUACACCUUUUCCACCCAAAAAACGUAUUUUAUAAUGUUUAAAAAUUUUAUAUUAGCAAAUAAAGUUACUAACAACAUGAUAAACACAGAAUAUUUGAAAGAAACUUGGUUAAUUAAUUCAUUAAUAUUGCUUUGUAAUAAAAAAUCAACAAAGUUGCAUGAUAAAGCGAGACAAAUACAGCAAUACUGUAUAGAGUAAAACACAGUCUGCGAUGACACGCGAGAUGCGUAUGUAGGCUGAACAAAGACUGAGGUGCAUGGGUAGCAUCUAGAAGCGCCUUGCAUCGUGAUGUUAUGCCGAGGCAGCCAUACAACCGCUUAUUUCUAAUCGCACGGCGUAGUUCUGUUCACUCAAUCGCGUUAUUAAAAGAAUGUGUUCCUUAAUACAUUAUUAGCGUCAUCAAAACACGUUAUAGCAGAACUGACUGUACACACUAUACACUACACACGCCAUACACAUGGGACUAGCUCAUUAGUGUAGUUAGCCCUACGCUGGGCCCUGCCAUCCUGGUUUUCAUCCGGGCAGUCCUCAGAGGAUGACCUCGCCACGGUUUCCAGGACAUGGAAGGGCAUAGCUGAACCAGCAUUUGAGAGCUGAGGUGGCCUGGUGAUAUAACAGAUGAAGCCAAAAAGGGCAAGUACCAAGGCCACCUGUUAACAGUUAAGAUUCAUCUUAUUCAUAGUUGUAUAAUUAUCAUUGUUGGUUUAAAAGACGUAAUAAAAAAGAAAAUAUUGGUAA